UGCUGGAGGGACGUCUUUGAGAGGAUGGGGUGUGAGAAAACGCACGAGGCGAAAAGUGCAUGCUUGGAGGCGCUCGGUAUCCCAGCAUUUUCAUGGAACAAGAUUGGUCCCCUGGAUCCUCAGCUUCAGAUUUGCAUGAGAGGACCAGAGGUGUGGGCUUGCUCUCUGACAUUUUCACUCUGUGGGAGCAGGCCAAGAUCAAAGAUGUGAAGAUGAAGGAGGGCGUGGGUGGCAAGCAGGCCAGGUCUCUUGAGGUUGCUGAGUCAACUGCAGCUAGCAGCGAGGUGGGGAAAGGGAAAAAGGGCGAGGCGGGGAAAGGGAAAAGGGGUGGGAGACCAGGGAAACGAAAUACAAAGGAUGUUUCCCAGGAACGCCUUGCUCUCAGGGCGCUCAAUCCUCUGAUGUACGUGUCUGAGAAGAAUGAGAUAGUGAGUGAGCCUACAGAUAUGCCUUACAAGCCUCUGCUGGGGAUGGCUGGGCUUGAUGAUGCUUUGGUGAUCCCUGUUCUCACCGAACUUGAGAGCGGGGUCCUGUCGCUUGACGAGAUGAACAACAAUUGGGAGACUGCCAAAGAGGAGUUCCCGGUGCAUACGCAGGAGGCUAUGCUGUUGCAGUACAAUGGGCUGUAUGAGACGAAUGUCAAAGAGACUCCUAUUGCUAUGCAACUGUACAUUGCCAAGGCCCUAAACUAUAGGGACAAGCUGCGCCUUUCACAGCAGGAGGAGCAAACUUCAGCAACACAAGAUCCUGAGGGCCUCCUGACAAACUGGACUGCUUUCAAGGGGGAGGGCUACAAGGGAACCGUGAAGGUGGAGCACUAUGACAUGCUCCAGCUGCCCGAGAAAGUGCACGACAGACUCCUCUUCACCUUGUGCAUUAUGGACUUCCCUUGCGGCUACAACGCAGAGGGUUCUAUGGAUGAUGGGGAGCCGUUCAACAAGCCUCAGAUAGAGGGCAGCAUUGCGAGCUUCAAGAAGAUCACAUGUGCACCCUAUUGGGUCAUUGCUGGUUUCUGCUCAUCUGACAUGCUCACUGAUGUGAAAUCCGCAUUCUCAAGUGCUUGCAAUUGUGAGGUGGAGGUGGGCAUUUGGGUGGCUCCCAACGUUUCUACUUCUGCAGGUCUCAAGCUCACUAACUGUUGGCAGCAUUGUGUUCUUGGUUUUCAUAGUGAGAGCGGCUGCAGGGAGCUCAUUCAGUUUUAGUUCAGCGACUCUAACACCAGGAUGACCUGCUGGAGUCACAAUGCGGUGGUGAGGAAGUACACUUUUACUGCAGACAACGAG